AUGUUCUUAAUGCGUGUGUGCACACCAAGUCACUUCAGUUGUGUCCAAUUCUGUGUGACUCCAUGGAUUGUAACCUGCCAGGCUCCUCUGUCCACGGGAUUCUCCAGGCAAGAAUAUUGCAGUGGGUUGCCAUGCCCUCCCCCAGGGGAUCUUCCCGACCCAGGGACUGAACCCAUGUCUCUUAUGUCUCCUGCAUCGGCAGGCAUGUUCUUUACCACCAGCACCACCUCGGGAAGCCUUAUGUUCUUAAUAGAUACAAUUAGGAAGAUGAUAACACCAUUCGCCUUGUUAGAAAAUAUUAGAGAAUACACAAGGCUAAAAGUAACAGGUGAACCUUUAGACUUUGCCUAG